CGCAGAGGACUGAGCUAAAUCCCUUCGAGUUUGAGCUUCAGGAUUCAAAGCACAGUGUUUGAAUUUGUUUGCAGGGUUCGGUUUGUGGGUCACGCAUGGCUUCCUCACCAGACACCCAAUCCCAAUGGGAAUUCGCCUGUGACCUGGAAGUGGAUUUUGGAUCUGAAGAGAAUGCUUCCAUUGUAUUUGCUGCCUUAGCCGUUGAUAAGGAGUUGCAACCUGAUAAGGUAAAACGACUCAUGACGGUGUCUAAUGGAAAGUUAUCAGUGCACUUUGAGGCAAUAGAAGCCAGAUUUCUUCGGGCAUCAUUCAGUGCUUUUGUAGAUGUCCUUACACUAGCCACGAAAACAAUUGAAGAAUUUGGUCAAGGAAUGGAGUUUUGACGUCUCCUUAUCUUUGUUGUUGGAUUAUUUAAGUGUUCUUCCACCGUUAAAAUGUACUAUUACUUGCUUCUUUCAAGGAAGAAAAAUAUCACAUUCGCUUAUGAAUUUGUAUACAUGAGGAAAGCUGGAAGCCCAGCAAGUUUGUUGAUGUUUCAAGCAUUUAUGGGAUGCUCAAAGUCACCAAUCCACUAGUCUACUAUCUACUAAAUUACUGGCAGAGAUACCAUAGCACUUGUUUUUCCUAAGAUGUUUUAGAAGUUUGUUUUCAGUUAAUAGUUAAUAUAAAAGUGAUGA